UUCGCCGCCCCCCUUAAUCGGCGUAUCAAGGAUUAGUUGAGGGCGAGCCUCCGUAGUAAGGCCGCUUAAUGCCUUGAUCUGCGCGAGGACCGAUUUCAAAUCGUGAGUGCUGCAGCCUUUUGUAGGAAAAUUGUGCGAAGGAACUUGGCUCUAGUGGAAGUAAACAAAGCGACAAGAAGCGGAGUUGUGAAUUUGGCAAAUAGUGAAACGAUAAAAUAUUGGACGCAAAUAUUUGGUCUAGGAGAGGUCUUGAAGCCUGUAAAGCAAAGAAUCUAUGAUGCCAAGAUCAUUACCUUGUUGGAUAUUUCAAUCUACAAGGGGUCACGUUAUCAUUUCCAGAAAAUCAGGACUACAGUUCUCCAGUUACUGCUGCCCAACUAGGCUCCAUAAGGUGAGAAAAAGCACUCUUGCCAACUGGCCACUUACACCUGUAUUGGUAAGGCAUGCAUAUGCUAAUAAAGUGCUUGGGUUACAGAAACGUCAGCGUCAUCCAUAUCCAGAAGAAGACUUUCAGUUUCAGUUAAGCCCAUCCUACAUUACCAGUAUUUUGAGAGCUAAUGAACUAUCUUACAGAUUUUCAGAGUAUGAUGGUCAAAGUCCUAAUACAGUUAUAAAAUUUGAAAGCAAUCAACUUGCUGCUAAUUCUCCUAAUGAAGAUCGUAGAAGUGCUGCUACUUGCUUGCAGACCAAAGGGAUGAUGUUUGGAGUCUUUGAUGGACAUGGAGGGUAUGCAUGUGCUCAGUCUGUUAGUGAGAGAUUACUGUACUAUACUGCUGUUUCUCUUAUGCCUCAAAGUACCAUUCAGGACAUUGAGUUUGCUAUGGAACGUAUGAAACCAGUACUACCAAUUUUGCAGACCUACAAACACCCAAAUGACUAUGUGUACAGAGAAGUGGCUUCGAUUUACUUGGCUCAUCUCCGGAUGUUUUGGCAAGAACUUUUAGAUCUUGAAAUUAAAGGACUCACUGUGGAGGAUGCUCUUGCUUCUGCAUUCAGAAGGUUGGACUUGGACAUAUCACUUGAGGCGCAGGCCCCUUCAGACCAUGACUUGUUCAAAAAUGUUGCCCUUCAGGUUGCCUUUUCUGGGGCUACAGCUUGCGUUGCUCAUGUGGAUGAUAUAAAUUUGCACAUUGCCAAUGUAGGUGAUUGCAGAGCUGUUCUAGGAGUUCAGAAUGAAGAUGGAACUUGGGAAGCAGUACAUCUUACUUGUGAUCACAAUGCUACUAAUGAAUCUGAAUGUUUGAGGAUCAAAUCGGAGCAUCCUAAGGAAGAAGGGGAAUCACUAAUAGUUGAUGAUCGCUUGCUGGGUAUCCUGAUGCCUUUUAGGGCAUUUGGUGAUGUUAGAUUUAAAUGGAGCAAAGAAUUGCAACAGAGCAUUCUGGAAAACAGCUGUGACUUGAAAGCUUUAAACAUUUAUCAGUACACUCCUCAGCAUUACUCAACUCCUCCAUACUUAAGUGCUGAGCCUGAAAUAUCUCAUCACAAGUUAAGACCACAAGACAAAUUUCUCAUCCUUGCUUCAGAUGGAUUAUGGGACAUGUUGAGUAAUGAAGAAGCUGUAAAAAUUGUUGCAGAGCAUCUUACAGGUAUUUCUCUUCAGGAGUCUGAAUUCCCAGUUGAGAAACCAAUAAGUUUAGGACACAUGCAGAGUGUCUUGCUCAAAAAGAGGGCCAAAAUUGCUCAUUUCCAUGACCACAACAUUGCAACUUAUUUGAUAAGGCAUGCUAUUGGAACAAAUGAAUAUGGAGAAAUUGAAAUGGAGAGGCUGGGUGCAAUGCUCAGUCUACCAGAAGACCUGGCUCGAAUGUACAGGGAUGACAUCACUGUGACUGUUGUUUAUUUUAAUUCUGAUGCCAUCCAAAGGAUUCACAGAGACCAAGGGUUUUAGUGCUGAUGCAUUUGUCUUUUUUUUUUUUUUAAGUUUAAUAUGUAAUAGACUUUUUUUAGCUUGGCAACUCAUUGAAAACAUUUUAAACUUGGAAAUGUCUGCUGAGAGCUUCAAACUUGAUAGAUUUGGUUUGUUUUUGAUCUGGGAAUGUCUGCUGCUUACCCUAAGCAUAAUGUGUGCAAUACUUUUAAACUGCUCGUAUAAUAUAUUUAAAUAAACACUUUUAUAUCUAA